AUGUUGAGCCUACCGCUAGAAUCCGACCAAGUUUUGGCCUUUAACAACGUCGACUGGUCGCUGGCAUCUGUCUUUAUUCACCUAACACUGUUUCUCGGCAGCAAAAUGCUUCUUGUGUGGACUGCAGCUAUUGUAGCCAUUACGUGGCUGGCAUCCGGGCUGAUCGUUCCAUCGUCCAAGACGAAACGCGGCCAAAAGCCCUUGCCUGGCCCACCAGGCAAACCACUAGUUGGAAACCUCUUUGGGAUACCCCCAUAUCAUUCUUGGCUCAAGUUCAAGGAAUGGGCCGACAGCUACGGCCCGGUCUUCCGCCUCAACCUCGCGGGCCGGCAACACGUCGUGUUGUCGACCGAGAAGGUUGCCAAUGAUCUCCUGCGCGAGCGAGGGACUUAUUAUUCGUCGCGCGAGUUCCUGCCAAUGGCAUCUGGAAUUGUCUCGCGCGAGAUGAGGCCAUUGCUUCUCCCGUACAAUGACCGAUGGCGCCGAGGUCGGAAGCUGAUGCAUCAGUUAACCAUGCCAUCGGCAGCCGACUCUUAUCAACCUGUCCAAGACUACGAGUCCAAGAAACUACUCGUGUCCCUGCUCGAGACACCUGGCAAGUACGACAAAUGGUUCGAGCUGUACGCCUCGGGAGUUGUUUUCCGGAUUGGAUUCAGCAAAUGGAUUGAAACUGGCGAGGAGCCCGCUGUCAAGAGAAUCAUCCAGGUCAACCAUAAUCUGGAGCGAGUCGCGUCCCCUGGAGCUUACCUGGUUGAUUCGAUGCCGUUUCUCAAUAGCUUGCCCGAAGUGCUGGCCCCCUUCAAGAGAGAGGGGCGAAAAUUGCACGAGGAAGAACUAAGUCUCUUCAGAGAACUGCAGUCUGACGUGCGGCGCGCAGUGGACAACGGCUCCGAAGCUCAGUCUUUCACACGCACCUUCCUCGAGAACAAGGACAGCUACCAGCUCUCCGAUGACGAAGGGGCCUACGUCAUUGGUACCUUGUUUGAGGCCGGAAGCGGCACAACAGCGGCGGCCAUGAUGUCGUACUGUCUCGCCAUGUGCCACUUCCCCGAAUGGCAGAAGAAGAUGCAGGACGAACUGGAUGAGCAGGUGGGUGAUCGCAUGCCCGAGUUCGAGGAUAUACCAAACCUGCCGACCGUGCGUGCUGUCAUCAAGGAGGUGUUGCGGUGGCGCCCAGUCACAGCAGGUGGAUUUCCUCACGAGCUGACCAAGGACGACGAGUACGAUGGGUUUUUCUUCAAGAAGGGCACCAUAUUCCAUCCUAACCAAUGGGCAAUUCACCGGGAUCCGGCAUUGUACCCCGACCCAGACAACUUCCGGCCGGACAGAUGGCUAGACCCAAAGUUCCCAACCACGUACAGAGAGCCGUUGUCCAAGUUUCCCAAUCUGCAGAACUUCAGCUGUUUCGGAUUCGGGCGUCGUAUCUGUCCAGGCCAGAACAUCGCCGAGCGGUCUCUGCACAUAUUGACGGCUCGGAUCGCCUGGGCAGGCAGCAUCGCCAGGAAGAGAGGCUCCGACGGGAACGAGCUGCCACUGCCAUUGUACGACUACACCAAAGGCUUCAACACCCAGCCAGAGCACUUUGAGUUUGACAUGGUUGCGCGAUCUCGGGCGCGGCAUGAAGCCAUCAAGGAAUCUCUGAGGGAAGCGAGGUCGCGACGCCCUGCGUAG